AUGGCGCCGACAAAGACGAUAAAGAACAAGCACGCUGCGAAUAAGUCCGGCAUCAAGGGCAGCAAAGAUGCGGAGAGGUCGAGGAACGAUGGAGUGCUCAAGUCGAAGGGAAAGCCCAAGAGCAAGACCCACACUCUCGUCACUGCCAACAAGGGCCGACCGGACAUCAAGGAGCUUAUCGCCAGGAAGCAGAAGAAGAAGAAGUACAGCGAGAAGGAGCUUGCGGGCCUGAUUCCGGAACUCAAUAUGAUCACCCCCGUGGGUGUGACCAAGCCGAAGGGCAAGAAGAAGGGCAAGGUGUUUGUUGAUGACAAGGAGAGCAUGGCCACCAUCCUCGCCAUUGAGAUCCGCGAGGCGAGACGUGCCGAGGCCGACAAGAAGGAGGCCGAGCGCAAGGCCAGGCUAGAAGAGACCAAGGACUCGCUGCGCAAGAAGCGCAAGCGUAGCAAGCAGACGGGCGGUGGCAAGGACAGGGACGACGACGACGACGACAAGAGAGAUGUCAAGAACAUCUCGUCUGCUGGCACGAACGCCUUCAAGUCGAAAAAGAAGAAGUCGGUAUCUUUCGCUGCCGAAUAA